GAGGUGGUGCAGCGCCGUCCUUCCACCGGAAGUGUCCGAUCGGAACCAGCCCUGUAGGAGAGGAGAGUUCUUGAAACUAAAUAAGACCCUUCACAAACCAGAAGUGAGUUUUCUGAUAAUACAUUCUAUUCCAAGAUGACGACAGAAUCAAAGAAAGCUUCAGCUCAGAACCUUCAGGAGGAUGAAGGACUUCUGAUAGUGAAGAUAGAAGAGGAAGAUUUUGUCUGGCAGCAGGAUUCUUGCUUGCAGAGGAGUGAUCUCCUCAGACAAGAGCUCUGCCGGCAGCUUUUCAGGCAGUUCUGCUACCAGGAUUCCCCUGGACCCCGCGAGGCACUGAGCCGGCUCCGGGAACUCUGCCAUCAGUGGCUCAGGCCAGAAACCCACACCAAGGAGCAGAUCCUGGAGCUGCUGGUGCUGGAGCAGUUCCUGACCAUCCUGCCUGAGGAGCUCCAGGCCUGGGUGCGUGAACAUUACCCAGAGAGUGGAGAGGAGGCAGUGACCAUACUGGAGGAUUUGGAGAGAGGCUCUGAUGAAGCAGUACUCCAGGUUCCAGUCCAUGGACAUGGACAAGAAAUAUUAAGGAGAAAGGUGGCACCUCCUGGACCAGCACUUAAUGUCCAGUUCCAGCCAGUGGACACCAAGGCCCUUCCUGAUUCUUCAGAACCCCAGCUCCUAAUGGACUGUGAUAAUGAGAGUGAAAACAGUGGAUCCAUGCCGAAGUUGGACAUUUAUGAAACAAUGGAAUCGCAGAGAAUUAUAUCAGGAAGAAUUUCAGGAUUCAUAUCAGAAAGAUCUGCUGAGUCUCAAGACAUCUGUAAGUCUGCAGGCAGGAUGAAAAGGCAGUGGGAAAAAGAACCAGGGGAGUCUCGGAGACCAUCAUCUGCUCAGGAUGGAUGUUUUAGUAAAAUCCUCACCCACAAAAAUACACUUAGAGGUGAAAUAAUAAGCCAUGAUGGAUGUUCUGAGAGAAGCUUAAAUCUGAACUCAAAUGAAUUUACACACCAGAAAUCUUGUAAACACAAUAUCUAUGACCAAAGUUUCAAAUGGAAUUCAGAUUUUAUUAAGCAUCAAAGAAUUUAUGCUGGAGAAAAAAUCCACCAAUAUGGAAAAUCUCUGAAGAGCCCAAACCUUAUUAAACAUGCAGCAAUUUUCAGUGGAGAGAAAACCCAUCAGUGUAAUGAAUGUGGGAAAGCUUUCAGACACAGCUCAAAACUUAUUAGACAUCAGAGAAUCCACACUGGAGAGAGACCCUAUGAAUGUAAUGAGUGUGGGAAAGGCUUUGGGGGGAGCUCAGAUCUUAUUAGACAUCAGAGAAUUCACACUGGGGAAAGACCUUUUGAAUGCAAAGAAUGUGGGAGAGCAUUCAGCCUGAACUCACAUCUUAUCCUGCAUCAGAGAAUUCACACUAGAGAGAAACCCUAUGAAUGUAGUGAAUGUGGGAAAACCUUCAGAGUGAGCUCACACCUUAUUCGACACCUGAGAAUUCACACUGGAGAGAAACCCUAUGAAUGCAGUGAGUGUGGAAGAGCCUUCAGUCAGAGCUCACACCUUAGUCAACAUCAGAGAAUUCACAAGAGAGAAAACCUGUUAAUGUAAAGAACUUAAAUUCAUAUGGAAAUGCUAAAGAAAUAGCAAAACGUGAAAAACAUUGAAUAAAAAAUAAAUACUGGGCGAGAUGAAUGACU